AUGAAGACAACAAGUAACAGAUUUGGAGGAAUUGUUCAAGCUAAACAGAAACUUCAAAGAACACUUUCACAAAGAAUUAGAAUGGCUUCAGCUGUUGGUGAUGUACCAAAAGGACACUUAGCAGUUUAUGUUGGAAAUUACCAUAAGAGGUUUGUAAUUCCAAUAUCAUAUUUGAGUCAUCCUUUGUUUAGAGAUUUACUGGAUUGGGCGGAAGAAGAAUUCGGAUUUAAUCAUCCAAUGGGCGGUCUCACGAUUCCUUGCACCGAAGAUUAUUUCAUUAGUCUAACUUCUUCUCUUAAUUAG